GUGACGGCUCGGUGCGCACAGACGGUGGCCGGCAGGGCAGGGCCGGGCGGGCAGCGGGUGCCGAGCGCGCCGCGGGAGGAUGGCGGAGCCGCACGAAGUACUAAUACGGAGCAUUUGACCUAAUCUCUACAGCUCAAUCUCCUGAAACCAGGAUAAGGAAAGAGUGCCUUCAGAACCAAUAUGUAGCAAAUGGGUACCACACCUUUGAAGCUCCUCCCUUGGUUCAACACUUGCAUGUUUUAAGGAUCCUUGUUGCCUCAGCAGUGAAUUGUUCUUGUGGACUUCGGAAACAGAUUUCAUGUGGUGCUUGCUAAACGUUGAGUCACCAUGAGUAGUAAUCUAGGAAAAGAAAAGGACUGUAAAGAGAAGGAUCCAAAAGUCCCAUCAUCAAAAGAAAGGGAGAAGGAGGCUAAAGCCUCUGGAGGAUUUGGGAAAGAGAGCAAAGAAAAGGAGCCUAAGACCAAAGGGAAAGAUGCCAAAGAUGGAAAGAAGGACUCCAGUAGCACGCAGCCUGGGGUAGCUUUUUCAGUGGACAAUACGAUAAAAAGACCUAAUCCAGCCACAGGUACUCGCAAAAAAUCCAGCAAUGCUGAGGUGAUCAAAGAGCUAAAUAAAUGCCGGGAAGAGAAUUCUAUGCGCUUGGACUUGUCCAAGAGGUCUAUACACAUGCUUCCAUCAGCUAUCAAAGAGCUAACGCAGUUAACAGAACUUUAUUUAUACAGUAACAAACUGCAGUGCCUACCGGCAGAGGUGGGCUGUCUUGUGAACCUGGUGACACUGGCCCUGAGUGAGAACUCGCUCACCAGUUUGCCUGACUCUCUUGAUAACUUGAAGAAGCUGCGCAUGCUUGACCUGCGGCACAACAAACUGAGGGAGAUCCCGGCGGUGGUGUACAGGCUGGGCUCUCUCGCCACCCUUUACCUACGCUUUAAUCGUAUAACUACUGUGGAAAAGGAUAUCAAAAACUUGUCAAAACUCACCAUGCUUAGCAUACGAGAGAACAAAAUCAAGCAACUACCUGCUGAAAUUGGUGAGUUGUGUAACCUCAUAACGCUGGAUGUAGCGCACAAUCAGCUUGAACAUCUUCCUGAAGAGAUUGGAAGCUGCACACAGAUCACCAACCUUGACUUGCAGCACAAUGAGCUCUUGGACUUGCCAGAAACCAUAGAAUCACAGGACAAUCAGCUGACCUCUCUCCCCUUGGACUUCGGGACUUGGACUAGUAUGGUAGAACUGAACUUAGCGACUAAUCAGCUCACAAAAAUCCCUGAGGAUGUAUCUGGGCUUGUUUCUCUUGAGGUUCUUAUCUUGUCAAACAAUCUCCUAAAGAAACUUCCCCAUGGAAUUGGAAAUCUACGGAAACUCCGAGAGUUAGAUCUAGAGGAAAACAAACUGGAAUCCUUGCCAAAUGAAAUAGCUUACCUCAAGGAUCUGCAGAAAUUGGUUCUGACUAACAAUCAGCUGACCACCCUUCCCAGAGGUAUCGGUCACCUUACCAAUCUGACGCACCUUGGGCUCGGAGAGAAUCUUCUCACACAUCUUCCUGAGGAAAUUGGUACACUGGAGAAUCUGGAAGAACUGUAUUUGAAUGACAACCCCAAUCUGCACAGCCUUCCCUUUGAGCUGGCUCUUUGCAGCAAACUGUCAAUAAUGAGUAUUGAGAACUGCCCGCUCAGCCACCUUCCACCUCAGAUUGUUGCAGGAGGACCCUCUUUCAUCAUUCAGUUCCUAAAAAUGCAGGGACCAUAUCGUGCCAUGGUCUGAUGCUAAUUGAAUUGUCCAAUACACUGUACAAAAUACAAACUGCAUUAAUGUUGUAAUUGUCUGUAUAUGUAUAUAUAAUAUAAUAUAUGUGGUUUAUAUUAUAUUAUAUAUAUAUAUAAAUAUAUAAAUAAUAUAAAAAGGCAAAUUUAAGACUGCAUUAUGUGUUUCUGCUAAUAGAGGAAUCAUAGCCAUUUAGAUUUUUUUUAUUCUGUAAAAAUGCUUGUCUAAGUUUUCUUUGCUGAACUUGAUGGAAGUUGUCUGAAUAAUCUGAAAUUGCCAGUUCAUUUAAAGCAAUUGCCAAUGAACUCAAACUUUAAAUUUAAGGGACAAAACCAGUUUUGCUUAGAUUUACUUUCAAUUAAGAGAAAUGUAUAACCUUUAUAUAAUGAACUUUUCUGUUUUCCUCCCCCCACCUUUUUUUUUUUUUUUGUCAAAACCUGGAAGGGUCAUGUGCCCUAAGGUUGGGAUUUUCUUUUAACUUAUUUUGAGAUUUGAAGCAAAUGGUGUUUUUAUAUUGUUUACAGUCAGAGUAAAUCACUGGAUCUUGUUUUAUUCUGAUUUGCUCUGUUUUAAUCAAUCAUAUCUAGAAUUUAUAUGCCUCUGCUGAUGAAUUUUUAUCAACCUGUUUGUAUACUAAAAACAUAUACUCAUCAGAACAACUGGCAGGUGAAAAGGAUGCAGUCAAAACAAAAAGAAAAAAAAAGCUUGAAUUCCUUUAAGUCUUGCUUCCCUGAGUUAUCAGUUGCAGGCAUAACAUAUCUGAACUGAGCCUUUUGCGGUUGGUCUUUUCUAGCACAAGUAAACCUUUCCAGAUUGGUAAAAAUGUCGAGUAUUCUCAGUGAAGAGCGGUUUUCAUUGUGUGAAGUAACAAGUCCAUGAGGUCUAACAGUACAGUUAAGUGACAAGGAAAUAAUAUAUAUGUACAUUUUUAUUACAAUGUUGAGUCAUAAACUACAACAGGCAAUUUUAAGGAUUCCCUAGACCUUGUACAAUAAAUGAAUGUGUCUUACUUUUAAACACUGCAAUAUAUGUAAGUUUUAAGGUUGGUUAACAAUGUACUAUGGUUUUAUAUCUUGACUUGCCUUGUACCUCCUUCCAUUACGGAACUUCUGUGUCCAAGCACAAUAUCUUCACACUGUGCUGUUUUGCUGCUGAACUAAAUGCACUUUUCCCCACAGCUGGGGCACUUGCUUCAAAAUAUUCAGUUCAGUAUCUCGAUUAUUCUUUUUUAACUUCAUCCUAUCUGUUUCAGUAUUAAACCGAUCUAUUAAAAAAGGGCACCUUUUUCAUUUGUGCAGAGAUGCUGGUAGCUCAAGAGAAACACUGUAAGUAGUGGACAUUCAGUUUUAUCGUGAAAUUCUCGGUCAUUUAAAAGGCGGAAGAUGCUUCAGGGAGAUUUACACUAUUGCUGCACUUGUAGGGCCUGUUGUCCUUUUUCAGGAGGGUAGGAACUCGAGGUGGUUGCAUUCCACGAUUCCCCAGUAUAACUGUUCAGUUUAUACUCGUUGGAAUUGCUGCUGGCGUAGUGUGACUUAGAGGACUGUACCUUUUGCACAAAAUCAAAUCAAUCGAUGCCAUGGGAAAACUGUUUCACAUGCAGAAGUUUGGGAAUAUUACUUCUGGCUUUCAGGCAUGCUUAUUUAGAUGUAUUCCCUUGAUCUAUUUUCAUUUUGUUUUGUUGUACAUCUUUUCAUUAACAAGAAGUAAGUUUAAAUGGAAGGCAGGUGGAGAUAUAAAACCUUAGAGGGCUUAAACAUGCUGUAAAAGUAUUGUAGAUGUCACUGGAUUUUACUAAGUAAUGUCUGUUCUUUCUCAUACACUCUGUCUCUGUUCCCCCCCCCCUUUUUUUUUUUUUACAUCUACUGUAGCUUUUCAGUUUAGACUUUAGUUUAUAAAAGGCUAGUUCCUUACAGUUCUGCCUGGGUUAAUCUUUCUCAGCAUUAAGGUGUUAAAAUAUGAAGAUGCUGAACUGCUUAGUAUCAAGACUGUAAUCUAACUUCUGAAUAUACUGCUAAGUCCGUAUUUGUGCCCUCAGGUCACUAGGGGAAACUGGUUUUAUUAAUAUGGUUCCUUGAAACAAAAGUGGCGACCCCUUGUGUUUUCAAGCGUCUUGGUCUCAUUCCCUGUCUGCUCCUCAAUCCCAUUUUUAUAAGAGUUGACGGGAUUGAAUUUGUUUAGUUUGUAAAUACGUUGAUUAUUCACCUUGUUAAGGUACAUGGUUAAUGACUGUAUGAUUGGAGCUGACCCUCUCACAUAAAUUCUUGUGGAGAAGUUGGCUACCAAAAUAGUGCUCGUUACACUCGCUUAAAAACAAACUAUUCUUUUCAGUACACUUAUAGGAAUAAAUAAAGCUAUGUUUUAAUUCAUUACUAUAUUAAAAACAGGAUAUUUUUUCAAACUAUCUUGUAUUAGUAUGGUUGUUGCAAUGCCAGAUAAUACUGAGCCCUGUUUUAGGAGUUUAAUUUUAUACACUCUGAGGUGAAUGCUUAUUUUUUCAAUGUCUCAAGAGAGAUUUGAAUAAAAGCAGUGUGAGAGAAGUUCUGGUACAGGAAAAAUCAACUCAGAAGGACAGUUCUUUAAAAUUAUCCUUUAAUUUUAAAUUAAUUUUAAGUAAUGAAUAUCUGGCAUGGAUUGGGAAUACAUAUAAGUACUUACAUGGUUUUAUAUCCAAAUCUAUACAUAGAUCCAUAUAAAUCCAGAUGGUUUGAUCAUUCAAAACAGUCUUACAUCCUGACAUAACAGACUUUUUGCAUUUCCCAGGAUGCUGGAUUGUUAACUGGUAUGGUUUCUAAGUUGUAUUUAGUGCCUGAUGACAUUCAGUUGGACACACAUACUGGCUUUAAGAAUUUUAUUUGCUUAUAGCAGUUAAAGUAUGAAUGGAAAGAUCUUCACUCUGACAAGGGUAUGUAUACAUACAUACAAAAAUGUAUUUGUGUAUCUGUAGAUGUAUGAAAGCAUAGACAAGGUGGAAAAAUUAAUUAUUUACAGCAUCUUUGAAAACAAGUGAUUCCCAGGUACUUGUAUUAAAUAUUUAUCCCCCUUGCCAUACUGGGGGAAAUAAUUUAGAAUAGUUAUUGAAAAAUGUGACAAUCUUUACUUUGGGUGAAAAUCAUGACCUUGAUUGCUUGUCCAUAGACAAAAUAUCAAUUUUGUAUGUGUCUGUGCCUAUGUACAUACAUACACAUGCCCCAUAAAGACACUAUCCUGACUCAUGCCUUGAUUAAACAAGCAAAGCUACUAUAAACUAUAUAGUAUUAUGGAAGUCUGGUAAGGUAUAAAGCAGGUCAGAGAUUUGCUAAAUAAUGAAAAGAAGGAAUAAUUGCUGUUGUGACUCAUAUUGGUUACAUAUUGAAUUUUAAUUUACUAAAUAGGAAGAUGUUUUAUAAUUAUUUGCAAAAAUGUUUUAGUAUAAACCCCUUAAAGUUGUGUCUCUCGCUGUCCUGUAUUUUAGUUUUUCACCAAAGUUGUCAAGUAUAAAUGCAGUGGAAAUGCUGCUUGUAAAGUUGGAUCACACAGUUGUGCAAUUGGGGCUUUUCAGUUUGGCAGAUGCCAAUGGAAAUGUGACCUUCAUGCACCCUUUUUAGAAAGAGAUUUGGGUUGUAGAAUAUUUGCUUCGGUGCCUCUCUUUGAUUUAGGUUUUUUCUAGGUGAGGAACAUGCAUGUGUAGACUUUUUGAAGGUCGUCUUUGCCCAUGUACAUGAUUUAGACAAGUAGUACUUAGAGUGUCCCUCUGGUUAGUGCUUAAAUCCACUGUGUCACCUGGAAUUGAAGUGUCAUCUUUAAUCUUGGGAGUUUGAAAAAUGUCUUUUAUUUAACAAUUAGAAAAUGUCGAGAGGUUAUUUCCCCCCCCCCCCGUGUUUUUUAAAAACCCAAAAAUAAAUUAAAUUUCUGAAUCAGCACAAAUCCAUAUCAGGAGACUUUUCAUAUCUGGAUGCAACUAAGAAUUUUCAUGUUUCACACCUCAGUUGUAUCAAUGGACAUGCCAGAACAGUUUCUAGUUAGAAAUGUGCAGUUGGCAGUAAUUUGCACAACACAAACUUCAAGGCACAGUAAGGAUGAUUAUAAACAAAUGAUAGUAUCUACAAAUGGGUUUUGUUUUUACCUUAGCAAAUAUCAAAAAAUUAUGUUUUUUUAUUCUGAUUUGGGUUUUAACCAGGACUGCACAGGAUCUUUGCUGUGGAAAAAUACCAGACCACACUAAUUUUGUGGUUAAAAGCUAAGCAAGAGUGUAAACAGUCUAUAAAAAUGUACUUUUAAUCUGAAUUAUUGUAAUGUUGAUUGUUAUGUCUAUAUAAAAGAUUGCCUUGCUUUUUUAUAAGAGUCAUUCUGUAUCAAUGCAUUCAUUAUAAAUAGUAUAUUUGUAAAUAAGCUGCCACUGAGUCUUUUGAAAGUUUUCUAGUAUUUUUAGUCUGACACUAACUUGGAUGUAAGUCAUACUUUUGCAGCAUCUCAAAUUAUCAAGAACUACUUUCUCAUUAUAUACUUACCUAUCUUUGAAAGAUAUCAAUUAAAAUAUAGAUUUUCAUAUAGAGCAAUUACAAGAAACUUCAAAAGUUAUAUGAUAGUUACUGCUUUACUCACAGUCAUGUGGACUGGACACCUAUAAAGCAAAUGUUGGUAAAAGCUUUUACAUUCUUUUUGUUACAGUAUAGUAGGGCAUGCAGUAAAAAAACCCCACAACCUUCUCUCUGAAAGGGAAAUAAAAUUUUGGAUUUUAGUGCAAAAUGCAUUUCAACAGCAACAAAAUUAAAGUAUAUACAGAAUUGUGGUGCCUAAAAGACAGACACCAGCAUUUAAUCUUCUGGUUUAAUAGAAGACAAUAUUUCCCAGCUGCUAUGACACCAGUCUGUGUCAUAGAUGUCUGAUGUCUUUCAGCUCUGUAAGGCUCAUCACUGCAGAUGCUGUUUCAAGAAGGUCACUCUUAAGUCAUAUCCUACAAACAAAAAAAAAGAGCCAGUAUCCUUUGCAGUUAGAAUAGAAGGACCUCAGCAGUUUGGAUACGAUGAGGCAGAGGAGGACUAUAGAUUUAAAAAGCUAGAACAGGUUCUUUUAGUGUCGAGCAGUCAUUCCUGCAGUAAUGUGAGUGCUCCUGUCCUUUCAUCAGAUCUCUGCUGAUUAAAAUCAGUAGAGGGUCUGAGCAACCUAGCUAAUGGUCUGUGUUUGAGUAGGUCCCUGUUACCAGAAGUGAUCUGACAAUCUGAAAACAAGCCAGUCUCCUCACAGGAGUGGCUGUCCUGUGCUGUGAUGCUGGACUAUAUGCCAUCCAUCCCCUGUACAGAUGUGCAGAACAGGGACCUGCAGUUCCUCUGUUGUACUGCUCCAGACCUCACCAACCACAGUCCGAAGGGCUUGCAAAAAGGAAACAGCAUCUGCAUCGCUGGAUUUAGUAGCUCUUGAUGGAUUAGGCAAAUUCACAGAAGAAACUUUCUUCUUCUUUUUCCUUUUUCUUUUUUUUUUCUUUCCUUUUUUUUUUAAAUUCUAAAUCUCUUUGUAUUUCUGGCCUCUGCAACAUCCUGUGUCUAAUAAUUCUACAAUAUAAUUAUGUGCUGGGUGAAAAAGUACUUCCUUUUGUUUGUUUCGAACCACACCACCUUAUUUCAUUUGGUGACUCCUAGUUCUUGUAUUCUGAGAAUUUUAUGAACAGUCUUUUUCCUGUUCAUCUGCUUUUUACCACUCUUGAAGUUUUUUUCUCCAAGUCAUGAAGUUCUAGUUUUUUAGCUUUUUUUCAAAUGAAACCUCUUCUGUUCCAUGAUGAUUCUUGCUGCUUUUCUCUGUGGUUUUCUAGUCCCAGCUCUGAUAUUUUUUUUCCUAAUUCAUGGCCUUUAGCAAGCUCUUUUGUUCUUUGUGUACUUCAACUUAGUGAAAUAAAAGUACAGCUCUGUUAUAAAAAUUAAA